AUGAGAGAACGAGACCACACUGUCUCAUCUACGCACCGAGACAUGGACCAAAACACAAGAGACAUUAUCAUGCGUGAGUUCCGGUCAGGAUCAUCACGUCUACUUAUCACCACUGAUCUUGUGGCAAGAGACAUCGACAUACAACAAGCCUCCGUUGUCAUAAACUAUGACCUGCCUGCACAACCGGAGGAUUACAUUGACCGCGUCGGAAGAAGUGGAAGGUUCGGGAGAAAAAGUGUGGCCAUCAAUUUUGUGGCGACAGAGAAUGAUUGGAUGAUGUUUGGCGAUAUUCAGAACUUUUACAAUGUCAACAUCGAGGAGCUGCACAAUAACGUCGCUGAUUAUCUCUGA